CGCAGACUUAUGUUUCGUUUAUUUUGUUGGUAAAGCUAUUUCUAAAAGUAUAGAUAUUUUUCAUCUAUCACCCCACCAAAAACAAAUUAUUCUCACCAAUCUUUCGUCAUCCUCUAUCUUUCCAUCUUCUUCUCCAGAGUUUUCUUCCAUCAAUCUCUCGUCAUCCUCUAUCUUUCUCUGUUUCUAGGGUGAGACUCUUCAUCUUGUUACUCAUGUAACCUCUCUCUGCUGCCAUCACUCAUCAUUCUGCCAUGGGUGAAAUUCUCCAUCUUAGAUCCUCGAAUCUCCCUGUAAUAUUAGAUCCGCCAUGGGUAUAAGCUAGAAGGAGAUUGUUGAGUUGGAUAUGGCUUCUCCUUCCUUUUUUUCUCCGAGGUCUGUGAAUGCGAAGCUAUCGUCUACGGCCAAACUCUGUUUCUGAAACCCACUCCAAAAUCCAGAUCGGUGAUGUUGUUAUAGUGGAAAUGAUGACAAGAAUGCUGCUGGGAAUGGAACAAACCUUCAAGUUCUUCGUUGAGCUUGUUAAACCUGUGGUGAAAAGAGUCGCGGUACCAAAGCCAAAGAAGAGAGAUGAGAAACCUAAUGAUGUAGAUGUUAUAGAGAUAAGCUCAGACAGUGAUGAAGGACAUGGCUUAGUUGCUGUCCAAGAGAAGAAAGCCGCCGCCGUUGCUAAGAAGAAAACAGAUGUCUCUUACACAUCGGUUCUUACCGCUAGAAGCAAGAGUGAAUGGCGUCCAAACUUGUCGGCUAAGCCAGUACCUAGAAAGAACAUGCUGCAGCUGCAAUCUACGCAGCGAGAUCACUCCUGAGACUUCGAUUCUUACUCACUCUCUGACCCAACCUGUGUGUGUAUAUCUUUGACAGCUUCUCUUAAAAGAGUCAGCUUUAGAGAAGCUUUUUUUUUUAACUAGUAUUAAAUCAGUUUAACUUAGUUCUUUGCUUUUGUUUAUGACUAGAUUUGAUGGUUGCAUGUUCUC